AAAGAAAAGCAUUCCCUUCUCAGCUCUCACUGUCAACAACAUCCCCUCCUGAAGACACACGCUCACCAUAACUGAGACGGGGGAGUCAUUUUGAGACCUAGCAUCAUUUAAACCUUCCAAGACACAAAAGCCAGAAGAGAAAAAUGAAGACAGGAUAUUUUGAAAUAGUCACCAUGCUGUUGGCAGCCGUGAUUCUAAUGGACGUCUUCCAGGUGAAGGCUGAAGUGUUAGACAUGGCAGAUGAUGCAUUUGACGAUGAAUACCGGAAGUGUACUGACAGGAUGGAAAUCAAGUACGUUCCGCAGCUGCUCAAGGAGGAGAAGGCAAACCAGCAGGUCCUAGAAAGUGUGUGGGAAAGUGCAAAAGUCAAGUGGGAAACCCGGAAGUCUCAGGUCUUUCUUCCUGUGAACUUCAAGGACAACCAUGGCAUAGCUCUGGUGGCAUAUCUCUCAGAAGCUCAGGAGCAAACUCCCUUUUACCAUCUCUUCAAUGAAGCUGUGCGUACAGCUGGGCAGUCUCGGAAAGAUUAUAUCUAUGGCUUCCAGUUCAAAGCUUUUCAUUUUUAUCUGACAAAAGCUCUGCAGUUGCUGAGAAGACCCUGUGAAGAGAGUUACAAAAACGUAAUGUAUUCAAGCCAGGAGGCCUCGUUUACAUUUAAAGGGCUAAACCAAGCCAGACUGGGCAGUUUCACGUUGGCAUAUUCAACCAAGCCGCAAGCUGCAGCUAACAAUGUUGUGUUGACCAUCAACACAUGCUUUGCAGUUGAUGUUGAAAAACUUGUUGAUCAAAAAAGUGAUAAAAUUGUUUUAAUACCUAUGAAUGAGGUUUUUGAAGUGUCAAAGGAGGAGAACAGCAGUAACCUUAUCCUUCAAAGCACAAACAAGACCUGCAGCCAUUUUGAGUGUGCAUUUCUAGGUGGACUGAAAACUGACAAUUGUGUGGAGAACCCAGAAUAUCUUCAACCCACCUAUGUCUACAACCGUGGUGAUGAAAACCAGAAGCUAGAAGACUCUGGUAAGACAUUGCUUAAGCAGAAAGUGGAAGAUGUCUCACCAGGUCCAGUUCCGGUUCCAGGUCCCAAAACCUACCCUUCGGCGUCCUCCGGCCAGAUGCUCCUGCCACCGCUGGGGACGGUGGCCAUUUUACUCAGUGCUUCUGCCAAGAAUCUCUUUGUUGCUUUAUAGUUUGAUACUUCCUUUACCUUUCUUGUUCUGUACUUGAAAUGCACCAUAGGGAGCCCACAGGGUUUCAAAAUAGUGUAUUUUUCACUUGUUGGCCAAAGUCAUUUGAUAAAAUGAGAACUGUAUAUUUGUUAUGAAUUUUGCAAAUUUAGAAAGUUGAUCCAUUUGUCAAAAUAAGUUUGUU